GUCAAUUCAAUUGUCAUUUGUCAAUCGUGCCGACCAGACGUGCACUGGUUUUGUUUAAAACAGCAUUCGAAAGUAAAGUUAGUAUUAGGUAUAUAGCUUCCAGAUGGUCAGUGAUCAAAGAACUCAUAUCUAUUAACCUGAACUCUAUUAAAACAUUUCAUCAUGACUCAGAGAACUAUAACCUUCGUCACUGGCAAUGCCAAAAAACUAGAGGAGCUCAGGGCUAUUCUCGGCGGUAACUUCCCUUUAGAAAUAAUUAGCCACAAGCUAGACUUGCCAGAACUUCAAGGAGAAAUAGAUGAGGUGUCUAUAAAGAAAUGCCAAGAAGCUGCACGCCGAUUGAAAAGGCCUGUGUUAGUUGAAGACACAUCUUUAUGUUUUAAUGCACUAAAAGGGCUCCCAGGACCUUAUAUCAAGUGGUUCUUAGAAAAAUUAGAGCCUGAGGGUCUCACAAAACUGUUGACAGGCUGGGAGGAUAAAACAGCCAAAGCUGUGUGCACCUUCGCCUAUUGUGAUGCCAACAAUGAAAAUUUAGAUGUUAUGUUGUUCCAAGGCGUAACCAAUGGGCAGAUAGUAUCGCCAAGAGGUACAAGAGACUUCGGAUGGGAUUGUGUUUUCCAACCAGAAGGAUACAGUCAAACUUAUGCAGAAUUACCAAAGACAGAAAAAAAUAAAAUAUCCCAUAGAUACAGAGCUUUAGAAAAGUUCAAAUCUUACUUUACAGAAAAAACAAAUGAAUAGACUUUAUCUAAUCAGUGUUAUACUAUAAAUGUAAUUAAAAUGUUAUCUUUUGUAUAGCAAUUAAACCAAAUCUAAAUAUGUUA